AUGGCUGCCGAGAUGGAGGCUAUAGAAGAGUUGAAGAAACGCCAGGUGAAAUCGCCUCUAGGUGGCGAGAAAGUCUAUAAAGACGAAUGCGCCUUUUCUUUUGAUAAUCCCGAGAGCCCUGAUGGACUGUACAUUUGUAUGAACACCUUUCUUGGUCUUGGGAAAAGGUACCUGCAACAGUACUUUGAGAAAACUGGACAUGGUGUCUUUCUGAACAUCAGGAGACUUCGGAAGGAGAUUCCAAAAGAUGAAACUCUUGCUGCAGAAAAGCCCUCCAAACUUGCAAUUGGCGUGGAGGGUGGAUUUCAAACAGAUGAGAAGAGGUUUGAGUUUGAAGAGAGGGCAUCCAUUGUUGUACUCCCACAGUGGUUUGAGAUCCCUUACCCCAGUGAUGGGAUACCAGAUCAGGUCCAGCUGUCUGCAACUAUGAUCAUGAUGGCGGAAGAUGCGGCCAAGCAAGAAGAAGCUGCAGCAAUGGCAGGAACUUGGGAGGGCGAGAAGCUUAGGAUUUCAAAGCAUGCGGAGAACCUGCAGCAGCUCAGCACUGGCAAGAAGAUCCCUCCUUCAGGUUGGAGGUGUGAGAGGUGUGAUCUGACCACUAACCUGUGGCUGAACUUGACCGAUGGGUCCAUCCUGUGUGGCCGCCGCUUCUUUGAUGGAUCAGGGGGGAAUAACCAUGCCAUGGAGCAUUACCAGCAGGUCAAGUACCCCUUGGCUGUGAAACUGGGAACUAUUACUGCCACAAGUGGAGAUGUGUUUUCCUACGAUGAAGAUGAUAUGGUGGAAGAUCCUUACCUGGCAAAACAUCUAGCACACUUCGGUAUCAAUGUUGCUGCUCUGGAAAAGACAGACAAGACAAUGACGGAGCUGGAGAUCGACAUCAACCAAAAGAUUGGGGAGUGGGACGUGAUCCAGGAGGCCGGCAGUCAGCUGAAACCGCUGUAUGGGCCGGGCUAUACGGGCAUACGUAACCUGGGCAACAGCUGCUACAUGAAUUCUGUGCUGCAAGUCCUCUUCAACAUUCCUGACUUCCAGAAGAGAUAUUUUAGCGUCGCUGAUAAAAUUGUUCUGAACGCACCAGCAAACCCAGUGGCUGAUUUCAACACGCAGAUGACAAAGUUGGCAUUUGGCUUGCUGUCCGGGGAAUAUUCCAAGAACAGGUAUGCACAGUUUAAAAAAAAAAAUUGGAUUAUAAAUUAUCCUCCCUCUGGUAUCCGACCUCAGAUGUUCAAAACUCUGGUCGGAAAAGGUCAUCCCGAGUUUUCAACUAAAAAACAACAGGAUGCUCAGGAGUUUUUCCUCCAUCUUGUGUCCUUGGUCGAGAAAAACUCCCGGGGGUCAGCCAACGCAUGUGACUGCUUUCGCUUCCAGGUGGAGGAGAGGGUGAUGUGUACGGCAACCAAGAAGGUGCGAUACUCCCGCAGGGAAGAUUAUUGCUUGUCCCUGUCGGUGCCCAUGGAGGCUGCGAUUAAUAAAGAGGAAGUCCGGAAAUACCAUGAACAGAAAGCCCAAGCUCCAUCCGGUUUAGUGGAUCCUAAGACCAUCGUUCGGCCAAUCAUCCCUCUGUUUGAGUGUCUGAAUGUCUUUCAAGAAGCUGAACUUGUGGAGAACUUCUACAGCUCGGCCAUCCGAGGAAAAACUGCAGCUCUAAAGACAACACGUCUGUCCACAUUCCCAGACUACCUAAUGAUACAACUGAGGAAGUUUACCAUUGGUGAUGAUUGGGUCCCACGCAAGCUAGAUGUGUCCAUCCAGGUUCCUGAUGAACUUGACCUCAUGGCCUUGAGAGGAAAAGGUCUGCAGGCAGAAGAGGAAGAGCUGCCUUCAGGAGACUCUGCUGCAGAACCUGUGGUGAAUAUAUGUGAAGCAACAGUGACCCAGCUCGUUGACAUGGGCUUCCCCUUUGAUGCUUGCAGGAGGGCGGUCUAUCACACGAAGAGCUCCGGUGUCGAGGCAGCCACCAACUGGCUCAUGGAGCACAUAGAUGACUCAGACUUUGCAGCCCCUUUCAAGCCCCCACAGACACGGGAGGCUCAGUCCCCCAAGGCAGCAUUCGAACCCAACCAGGCCGGCCUGGCACUUCUGAUGUCUAUCGGCUUCACCAGCGACCAAGCACUAAAAGCUCUAAAAGCAACGGAUAACAACGCAGAGCGAGCGGUUGAUUGGAUCUUGAGCCAUGCAGAUGAGAUUCAGGAGCCAAUGGAAACUGAGACGGAAGCAGCUGCCUCGGCAUCAAGAUUCAGAGAUGGGUCUGAAAAGUACAAACUGGUAGCCUUUAUCAGCCACAUGGGGACAUCCACCAGCGUUGGACACUACGUGUGCCACGUACUCAAGGAUGGCCACUGGGUUAUAUACAACGAUGAGAAGGUGGCCCUGUCCGAGCACCCGCCCAAGGACUUAGCUUAUUUGUAUCUGUACCAGCGUGUCUGA